AUGGCCAAUCAGAAACAUGUCGUCUUCGACGUCGUCGGCACUUGCGUCUCAUUUGAUGCCUUCUACAACGGUAUUGACCGCGUCAUUGGCGAGAAGCUGGCCUCAAAGCACAUCACAGCCAAUGCAUUCGGCUACACUUGGAUGACGGCAGCCGAGCUUGAGUUCACCUUUCUCUCCGUCUCUGAGCGCCAUCGUCCCUACAAGGAAGUCUUGCGCACCUUGUUCUACCGCACGCUGUUCAUGGUUGGUGUUGCAGCACCACGAGAACUGGUCACAGACGCAGAGAGGGAUGCUUGUGUCCAGGCAUACUCGGAUCUCGAGUUGCGACCCGGAGCAAAAGAGUGCUUUCAGAUAUUGAGAGACGCCGGCUUCACAGUUUGGUGUCUGACAACAGGCGAUACCAAGCGUGUGGGUGGAUACUUUGAACGCGCUGGCGUUGACAUGCCCUUGGAGAACCUCAUCAGCUGCGAUGGACAGGGCGUGGCCAAGCCCGCGUUGGCUGCGUAUAGGCCGACCUUGGCUCGAUUCGCACCGGAUGAUAUCAAGUGGUUUGCUGCUGCUCACAUGUGGGACGUGUCAGCUGCGGUCAAAGUUGGCUUCCGCGGUGCUUACUGCACCAUAUAUGAACAGGAUCCCUGCGCUGAGAUCUUCGACACCAAGAUGGAGGUCAUGGCUGACACACUACCAGAGAUGGCAAAGGGGAUCGUGCAAGCAUCGCUUUAG